AUGGUGCAGUUUGCUAUCAUGUCCGUGAGAAAAAAGUCAUCCUUCGAUGGUUUAAUUUUGCAUCCUGUCGCAAUUCGACGUCUAACUGUUUACAACAUGAAUAUCAACGAACAAACUGAUUCGCCUUUACAAUUCUACCUGAAAAAAUUUCACGAAACUGAAGCAAUACAUUUAUACCAUUCUACGGGCAAGCCCUUAGCAUCCUUGGAGGGAAUUGACCUUCUUUCAACCACAUUGUCCAAUCUGGACGAAAAGCUGCACUCCAGCCUCAAUCGGACUAAACGGUGCCCAUUGUAUGAGUUGGAGUGGCCCGAAGAUUUAAUUGCAGGACCAGUGUCUAAGGCAGUUUCGUCAGAAGGCGAGAAACGCAGAAAUUGGCUGAUAUUUGGAUUCCGUAACACCUUCACAAAUGAUUUAAUCCGACAACUCCACACAUCUGGUGAUAGUGUUACAUUAAUUACAACAGGAUCAGAGAAAAAAAUGUCAAGCCAUAAUGUUGAAACCAUUGGCGAAAGCAAGGAGGCAUUCCUGAACAUUCUGUCACAGUUUCCCGUUACCUACGGGAUAAUCUUUGCAUGGGGAUUGAAAGCUGUGGUGGAGAAUUCCAUAAUUGAUAAAUGGUUUUAUCUGCUUCAAGCAAUCGCCUCAACACCAAUCAAUUUAUCGCAGUUAUUGCUUCUAACCAAAGGCACACAAUGUGUCUCAAUUAAUGCGGAACAGUACGAGAAAAAACCAACGGGCGCUUUACUUGUAGGAAUGCUACGUUCUUUUAAAUCCGAAAAUCCAGUGCCAAUCUGCAAACCAAUAGAUUUGGAUCCCAGAGAGGGCAAAGGCGUAGAAAAUAUUAUAAACGAGAUUGACGAAUUCCCAGGUGCUGAUAAUGGCGCAAAUUGCAUUUGCUACGCGGAAGGAAUUCGACUGACUCAAAAAUUGGUGGAGCUUAAACCCUCAAAUUUUCUUCAGUCACCAUGGACUGACAGAUUCCGUCUGCAACUUCCAACGUCAAAUCAGGUGUCAGAUCUAAAGUUCAUAGAUGUACCUCGAGUUGUUAUUUUGGGGGACCACGAACUGGAAAUCAAGGUGAAUGCUUAUUCACUAAACUUUAGGGACGUCUUCGCAGUGCUAAAACCAUCAGAAGCCUUUGCCAAAGAAGAUAUUGGUGGAUGCGAUUUUUCAGGGGUUAUUUGUCGAACUGGGAAUUCCGUAUAUAAGUAUCAAAUUGGGGACAAGGUGUUUGGAGUCCAUAAACAAAACGUGGCGCUAUCGUCACAUGUUAUUACUACCGAAAAUAUGGUAUCUAAGUUACCAAGGUUAUUAACCCAUGAAGAAGCGUCGACCUUACCAACUGUUGGCUUGACCGCAUAUCUAUGCCUGCACAUUGUUGCAAAGAUGAAGAAAGACGAUACAAUCCUAAUCCAUACGGCUUCAGGAGGUGAUGGAUUGGCCGCUGUGCAAUUGGCAAAUAGAGUUGGGGCAAAUAUCAUAGCCACGGCGGGAAGUUCGAGGAAACGAGCGUACCUGAAGCACAUCAUUGGAAUAAAGCAUGUAUUCAACUCGAGGAACUUGUCAUUCGAAUCUGAUGUUAAUUCUGCCACCGGUGGAGCUGGAGUUGACAUCGUUUUUAACUCUUUAACAGGACCCGGAUUUAAGGAAGCGUCUCUAAAUUGUCUCCGGAACGGGGGCAGAUUCAUCGAAAUGAGUAAAAUCAACGUUUGGACAGAAGAAGAGUGUCUCUUACUUCGGGCGGAUGUCAAACAUUCCAUUGAAGAUGUUUGGUGUUCGGCCGAGAAUUCAGCCCUGAAUCUAGAACAUCAAAUUGUAGAAGCAAUGCAUUUCCUCGAAAAGGCUAUGCAUGUUGGGAAAGUAGUGGUUAGAAUGCCUAACAAGGAAAAUACGCUAUUUAGCGACAAAAGUAGCUACCUCAUAACAGGAGGUUUUGGCGGCAUAGGAUGGGAAUUGAUGAAAUGGAUGUUGUUAAAUGGGGCAAAUCAGAUUGUGCUAAUGAGUAGAAAUAUUCCAAGCUUGGAACGCCAGGACGAGAUUAAUGAUCUUAAAAAUCUGGGUUGCAAUAUAAUUUGGAGAUGCGGUGACGUAAGGAAGCUGUCUGACUGUGAAUCCAUAUUUUGCUGGAUAAAGGAGCAGUUUCCACAAUCACCAGUUAGAGGGAUAUUUCAUUGUGCUGGAGUUUUGUCGGAUGCCGCAUUCGUCAACCAGACAAAAGAGUCAUUAGAAAAAGUUCUGGACCCAAAAUUCCAUGGAGGCUGGCAUCUUCAUGAACUUUCAAUACAUUUAAAUCUCCAGCAUUUUGUACUUUUCUCUUCGAUUUCUUCACUAAUUGGAACCCCCGGGCAGGGGAAUUAUGCAGCUGCUAAUGCAUUCUUAGAUGCGCUCUCCCAUUUCCGACACGCUCUAGGCCUUCCAGCUAUUUCUUUGAACUUUGGUCAUUGGGGAGAAGUUGGACUUGCUGCGGGACAACAUAUUUCCGGGCUUCACCCGAUAUCAACCAAACAGGCUCUAGAUGCUUUAGGAGUUGCUCUUAAAUCAAAUUCUAAUCAACUUUGCCCAGUUGCUAUGAAUGUUCCUAAAUUGGUACAACGAAUUCCUUGGAUCGAAAACUUUUUAGGAAAUAUCCUGCAAUAA